CUGUAUAGAAAACUCUGGAUCCGGACUAAAUCGUCAGAGUGGCCUGGGGUGGUGCUGCGAUAGCGCACCAUGAUGGAAUCCGCAAGAUCGAGCUGCACCACAGCAUCUGGAGCUAGAAAGAAAGAUCGACAUCAGUGUAUCUGGAGUCCUCAAUAAGCUGCUUCACGGGUGAAGGAGGCGCUGGUAGCAGAGCUCAACGAUCGAAUCGAAUCAGAAUCGAGUGGAAGCCCCACUGGUCUGGUUGCCAGACACCCUACCGGUACUAGAAGAAGGUUGGGCAACUAACUGAUGGAUAAAUUCAUGAUCGCGAUGAUCCAACCAACGAGAAUAAGUCUUUUCUUCCUCUUUGCUUGGCUUUGCGCUGGCGUUGGAGGCUUCCUGAACGUUCAGCCUUUGUCCACCACUAGUAUUGCUACCGGUAGACGGCAAGGCUUCUUUGGGAUACCGGUACCAUCUGGAAGGGCCACUAUCUUCCCAUUAGCACGGCGGACGAUGAAGUCGUCGGAGCCAUUACGGAAAUGAACGCGGAAGAAACACUUCAAGAAUGGUUUCCACUGUCGUUCCAAGCCUACUUGAAGCAAGAUUGGCCGAAUGCUGUUCUGCACAUGGGUCGACCUCUGGUAGUCUGGAGAUCCGCCGAAGGCACUUGGUUUGCCCAGGACGACAUGUGUCCACACAAAUUGGCACCCCUGAGCGAUGGAUCUAUUACGGCUACUGGUGAUGCGAUCCGAUGUUCCCUUCAUGGCUGGCAGUUUCAGGGUUGCGGAACUUGCUCCAUGAUUCCAUCACUCCCAGCCAAUGCUUCUAUUCCUGGCAAUAAGAAGUACGCGGUACGGUCCUUUCCAAUCCGACAACGAGGUGAUUGCCUCUGGAUAUGGAUGGACCCAUCGGUACCACCCGACGAAAACCAUCCACGGAUGCAGGACGCCUCCUGGGAACUCAAAAAUGGAUAUCAACGAGAAUUGCCUUACUCCUGGGAUUUCCUCUUUGAGAACAUUCUCGAUCCGACGCAUGUCGCCUAUGCGCAUUGCGGUGUCGGCAAAGAAUUCAAUCGGACCGAAGUGGACGACAUUCGAGAGAAUCAUGUGACCAAUCUGCAAACGAGAAGCAAUAAUCUCGGUGUACAACUCAAGUUUGAUCGAACCAUCAAUGGACGCACGGCCAAUGAGACGUGGGAUUUCCUCUAUCCGGGUGUGUGGUUUCUCCGUCGCAACACCUCCGAGACUGGACCUGCAGGAGUCAUUGUGGCAUCGCCUAUUGAUACAAACCGCGUUCGCAUCAUGUCGGGACAGUACAAUCCCAAUCCACCACCCGAAACGAAGAAGAAACAGUCUUGGAAAGCCAAACUGCAACGCCAAAUCUUCACCGUCGUCUUUCAUCGAAGCUUGAACAAGUUCUUCAACUCGGAUGCGUUCUUACUGCGGUAUCCCCAAGACUUGAUUGCCGCCGCAUGUAGCGAGAACAGCAAUCCUCUUUCACACUACGAAUUGGCCAGUCCCGCCGAUCAAGGGACCGUGGCCUUUCGAAGAUGGCAUCGACAACGAUUGGGUGGCAAACUGCCCAUGGCCAAUCCAUCACUCUUGCCCAAGAUUCCUCGGCAAAUCCAUUGCCGCACCCACGGUCGUACAACCCAACAACAGCAUUACUAUGACACGACAACAGGCGGCGGAUUCCUGGGAACAGCAUACGCAAUACUGCAGCAGUUGUUUGCGAGCAUAUCACAUGGCACAACGGGUCAGUGUGGGAUCGGCAGUUCUGGCAGCUUUGGUGGUUCUAAGGUCGUUGCUGGCUCGUAAAACUAGUAGAGGAAUCAUUGGAUUGGCGACCUCUGCAACACUGGCGUUUGUAGCCGUCAAGGCUCGAAACUUUGCA